AAUAUGACACUUGAGCAUUGGAUCAUUUGUCGGCAUCGUUGGCACUAACAACAGAAAGCAUUGACCCCUUCCGUGCAUUUUCAGCAAUAUAUGUUUAGUGGAUCUGCUAAGUUAACAUGGGAGGAUUGUCGUUGUUAUCAAGUACAUGUACGAUAUCUUAUCUAGUUUUGGCCUUGGCUGUGGUCUCGUUCCUCUUCAUAUCGUGUGUAUUAGUUAUAAUAUCAGUUAACAUCUACAGGUGGAGACAAUCACGCAUGUAUCAGUCUCCCGGUUAUUCCAUACUAUCCACCCAGUUACGCAGACGCCGAGAAAUAACACAAAUUGGGAAAUAUGACUAUUAAAAACGAUCUGCUGAAUGUUCAGGCCAGUGACGGGGGUGGUCUUACAGACAACGCAAAGAUCGUUAUUGACGUGUUAGAUGUGAAUGAUAACACCCCAAGGAUUGCUAUGGCGUCAUCAUCGGUCUCAGUAGAAGACAAUGCUACACCACGGACAAUCAUAUCUGUGAUUAAGUGCAAGAUUUAGAUUCGGGGAGCAACGGCAGAGUACUCUGUUUAAUCAAUGAUGGCAUCCAGUUUAAAAUGAUGAUAUCGUUAAUAAUAACUAUAGCUUGCAGACUGAUGCUGCAUUAGAUCGUGAAACAACUCCAGAAUAAAACAUCACCAUUACUGCCACUGAUCAGGGUGUGCCCCGAUUAUCUAAAAAUUGGACUUUUAUCGUAAAAGUGACAGACGUGAACGACAGCAUGCCCAUCUUUGAACAGAGAGCAUAUGAGGCGUUCCUUAGUGAAAACAAUUCACCCGGCCUUUCCAUAAUAUCAUUACGGGCCAGUGACGCAGACUGGAAACAGAAUGGCCGUGUUUCUUAGGUUUUGAAAUAAUCCUCGGUUAAUGGGGUGUCUGUCUCUUAAUAUGUAUCAGUUCAUUCUGAACGUGGAGUCAUCCAAGCAGGACGCUCGUUGGACUAUGAGCGGAUAAAGGAUUUCCAGUUCCGCGUAAAAGCGCAAGAUGGAGUUAACAUCUAUAGGUGGAGACAAUCACGCAUGUAUCAGUCUAGUCUCCCGGUUAUUCCAUACUAUCCACCCAGUUACGCAGACGCCGAAGGGACAGGGAGUCUGCAACAUAUGUACAACUAUGAGGUGUGCAUGACGACUGACUCAAGGAAGAGUGACUGUAAAUUUGCCAGACCUUUUGUUAAUAAUGGACUCGAUCUCUACAGAUACUUUCCAACAUGCACAAAGAGAGAAAAGUUUCCCAGAUUCCCCUGAAAUUGUGAAUUUGCCCAAUGUGUUAUGUUGCUUAAUAAUUGUAUGAAUUAAAUGGUUUUAUUUAAAUUAGAUUAGAUUGGGACUUUGUAUGUGUAUUAUCAACUGAUUUACUGAUGUUUUUCAAAGAGAGCCUCAAGUCUUGUUCAUUUCAGCACCACCACUCGUGGACAGCGACACUGUCGGACACAGUCAGAUAGCCUCUUUCACGUAUUAUUUUAUAGGGCACCGUAAGUCUGUUAACAGGUUUUAUUAUAACAGAACGAUACUAAACCUUAAUUAAUGUUUUGUUUAAUGUUAGGUGUAUUUUUACAUGUAACUUAUUUUCAGUGAGAAGUAGUUCUGACUGGGAAUGACAACAUAUAGGCCUUAAUGUGUAUCUCUCUCAGUAUUGUCUUACAUUGACGUGUUUUUUGAGCAAAUGUGUCACACUAGAAGAUAUACUAGGCCAUACAAUUUACAUAAUUAAUGGUUUGUAGUGUCAUUUGGUACAGUAGAAGUGCGCUCCUUGCAAUGGUCUGUGAGUGCCGCUGUUGGUUCAGACUGUGAAAUGUGGCCCAGUGAAAUGUAAAAAGCACCUCCCAUAUCAGUGAGCUCUUUCUAUCUGAAGGUUGCCAGUUGCUUCAGCCAUAUUAGAAAACAGACUCGCCAGAGUUACACGCCUGAAGCAGGCGGAACGACAUGUUUUGUGAUUAAUUGAAGAUCGUUUGGAUACUUCUACUUCGUUGUCUUUGGUCUGUGUAGAUUAGUUGUUCUGUUGGUCUGGACAUUUAUGUAGUAUAUGAACUGGAUUUUAUAAAAUGUCUGCUAGGAAUCUGGUAUGCGCUUCUGACAGCCAUGCGUCACUAUGGCUUAUCCUCGUUUCAUUUGGAUGUAUAGUCCAUGGACAAGUGAGAUAUUCUAUUCCUGAGGAGAUGGCGAAAGGCUCGGUCGUGGGUAAUGUCGCAGAGGACUUGGGCAUUGAUCUGAAAAGGCUGAGGAGCGGCCGAGCUCGUAUCAUAGCCGGGGACAAUAGUCCCUAUGUGGAGCUGAACACAGACAAAGGAACACUGGCAGUGAGUGAGAGGAUAGACCGAGAGCUCUUGUGUAAACAAACUUCUCCAUGUAGUUUCAGCUUCGAGCUAAUCUUAGAAAACCCUAUUCAGCUUUAUGAAGUUACCGUAGAAAUCAUGGAUGUCAAUGACCACGCUCCUACAUUUCCCAAAGAUGAAAUAUAUAUCGAGAUUAGCGAGUCAGCCCUCCCGGGAGCGCGUUUCUUACUAGAUAGCGCAUUUGAUCCAGAUGUUGGAGAAAAUACAAUACAGAGCUACACUCUGAAACCCACUGAUCAUUUCAUUCUGAAACAGGAAACUCGUGCAGACGGAAACAAAUACAUAGACAUGAUGUUGCUGUCGCCAGUAGACAGGGAGAGCCAUGAGGAAUUGUCCCUCGUUUUAACCGCAAUUGAUGGUUGCCAUCCACCGAAAUCAGGCAUGAUGAAAAUAAAUAUCCACGUUUUAGACGUAAACGAUAACACUCCCGUAUUUUCCAAAAAGCUGUAUAGGGCGUCAGUUCCAGAAAAUGCGCCUAAGGGAAGCCCUGUGGCUAAAGUAAGCGCAACUGAUGCAGAUAAAGGCAUAAACGGAGAGGUGACGUUUGCUUUCAGGUACAGCGCAGACAGUAACAACGGGCUUUUCCGAAUCGAUGCACAGUCAGGUGAGAUUUUCGUUUUUGGACAUCUAGAUUUUGAAAAAGCUCAAAAGUACGAGUUAAACAUCGAAGCCAAAGAUCAUGGCGGCUUCACUGAUUCUUGUGCCGUGAUUAUUGACAUAAUUGAUGUGAAUGAUAACAUACCUGUCAUAUCUUUAACAUCAUUCACGAAUCCUGUUUCUGAAAACUCUCCACCUGGCACAACAAUCGCAGUGAUUAAUGUUAAAGACAUAGAUUCGGGAGAAAAUGGACAGGUGCGUUGUAGCAUAUCAAAAGAUUCCCCCUUUGUCAUUAGGUCAUCAUUACGGAAUUACUAUACGUUAUUGACAGAUGAAGAAUUAAACAGGGAAAUAGUAUCAGAAUAUAACGUUACUAUAACUGCCACAGAUGAAGGCUCGUCCCCUCUCUCUAGUAACAAGACUAUUACCUUACGAGUAUCUGACGUCAACGAUAACACACCAAUAUUUGAGAAGGAAUCUUAUAUUACAAAUAUAGUGGAAAAUAAUUCACCAGGUGUAUCAUUAUUCACCGUAAGAGCAUCAGACGCUGAUUGUUGCCAGAACGCACGCGUCUCCUACAUCCUUGAGGACUCUGUGGUUAACGGGGCACCAGCUUCCUCCUUAGUUUCAAUUAAUGCUGAAACUGGUGUUAUAUAUGCGGUGAGAUCAUUCGAUUACGAACAACUUAAAGCAUUCAAAAUCAAUAUUAGAGCGCAUGAUGGUGGUUCUCCUACUCUCAGUGGCAACGCAAGUGUGCAUGUACUUGUCCUGGACCAGAAUGACAACCCUCCUCAGGUUCUCUACCCAGUACAGACUAGUGGCGCUAUGGUGGCUGAAAUGGUACCUCGUUCAGCAGAUGUGGGCUAUCUUGUCACUAAAGUGGUGGCUGUUGAUGUGGACUCUGGACAGAACGCCUGGCUCUCAUAUAAACUGCAGAAAACGACAGACAGGUUGUUGUUUGAAGUGGGCCUACAGAAUGGAGAAAUAAGAACUGUACGUCAGGUUACUGAUAAAGAUACUCUGAAACAAAAGCUCACAAUUGUAGUUGAGGACAACGGACAGCCCUCUCGAUCAGCUACAGUCAACGUGAAUGUAGCGAUGGCUAAUAGCUUCCCCGAAGUACUCUCAGAAUACCCUGACUUUGCGCACGACAAGGAUUAUAAUGAUAACCUGACUUUUUAUUUAAUUUUGGCACUUGCUGUGGUUUCACUGCUUUUCAUUUUUUCGAUUAUUGCUAUAAUGUCCGUGAAAAUCUACCGGUGGAAACAGAAAAAACUAUUCUAUAAAACUGCAGCAAAUCUUCCCGUUAUCCCAUAUUACCCGCCCGUUUACCAAGAUGGAAACCUGGGAACCCUACAGCAUGUAUACAACUAUGAGGUGUGUGGAACCACUGACUCUAGGAUGAGUGAUGUGAGGUUUGCGAGGCCUUAUAGCCAGAACACACUGGUGGAUGUGAGUCGAAUGGGGACAAUGCAGCGAGAAGAGAGAAAGCAGGAAGACGCUGAUGUCGAUGGAAAGCAAAAUCCACCCAACAAUGACUGGCGCUUAAACCAGCAGGGACAGAGACCUGGACCCAGUGGCGCAUACAGGUACAGCACCAGCACCCAGGAGAUAUGGACACCGUACGGGAAGGCGAGAGCUGGCCCCCAUCCUGAGGGGGCAGGUGGUGUCGUAGCUGGAACAGGACCCUGGCCCAACCCCCCCACCGAGGAUGAGCAGAUCCAGGCUCUGAUGGCUGCUGCCAAUGAGGUGAGCGAGGCGACGGCGACCCUUGGACCCCGCUACAACGCCCAGUUCCCCAUGCAGCAUGUGCCUGACUACCGCCAGAACGUCUACAUCCCUGGCAGCACGGCCACCCUGACAGCCAACCCCCAGCAGAUGAUGUCCCAGCCGGCCCUGCAGGGCCCACCACAGGCCAUGCCCCAGGUUGACGUCCCCAACGCUGCCCAGACCCCCGCUAGCAAGAAGAAGUCCACCAAGAAGGACAAGAAGUAAGCCAAGCUAACACCAAACCCAAUCGCCACGGACACCAAGACCCUUUACCCCCAUACUGCAGAGCAUCCUCCCUCAAUAGAAGCCUUGAUCUUUCUUUUUCUUAUGCCAUUCAAUCUGAUAGUUCAAUCUGAUAUUCCCAGCGUUGUGGAUGUAGUGAGCAUAUGUCAAAAUGUUGGUAGUGGGCAAUUGCUGUACUUCUUACUCCUAUGGUCAUCACAGCUCACUUCAGGCAGAGGUUAUUGGUUUGUGGUGUAUGUGGAGUGGGAGGGGUAGAAGAGUGGAUAAAAGAAGAGGGCAUGGGCUGUAUUUUGGAUUCAGAUGGAUUUCAGGUACCUGGAAUUCAUAUAGUGAUCUAGCUCUGCAUUAUAGCAUUCUAAAGAAAAAAACAUCUGGUUGUUUGUUUUCAUUGAAACCUUUGAUGUUUCUCUAAAAUGCCAAGUAGUUGCUUCUUAUGAUGACAUGAAUUACACUACCUUCUUGUUUAUUUAGAGGACUUUCUUUAGCUCUUUAAGGAAUGAAGUAGACAAGAAUUGUUAAAGAUGAAGAACCACUGAAGAUAAGCCUACACUAACAUACAUUUGAAGAAAGAGGCUAGCUCAACUUCGUCACAAAAUUCCAAUUUCAUGUGAGAAUGCAUACCGUGGCAUUAACAUUUUAAAAUGUAAGGUUCAUUGUAGUUAUGUGACUAGUAAGCAUAAGAACAGAUUCUGAUUUUGUGUUACUUAUAAUGGUGACCAUCAAAGUAUAUCCAGCUGCUUUUUAAAAUCUUGUCCAAGCAGGAUUCUGUGGUAACUUAGAUCAUUUAUCCAAGAUUGUAACCUUUUUCCAUCAUUAUUGGUAGAAUCCUGUACUGCAUUAAAACUGAACUUUGUUUAAAUAAAGUAACAGUGUAAAGGUGA